AUGUUAUCUGAAGCAUUUGUAACAUUGGUUACUAAUGAUGGAUAUGCACUUGGAGCACUUGUUCUUGCUCAAUCUAUUCGUCAAGUUGGAACCAAACGAAAUUUAGUUGUUAUGAUAUCAAAACAUUUAUCUAAUUCAUUAAGAAAAAUAUUAGAGAUCAAUUUUGAUGAAGUUAUUCUGGUUGAUGAAUUCGAUUCAAAUGAUACUGAGCAUUUAAGUUUAUUAUCACGUCCAGAACUUGGAAUAACAUUUACAAAAAUCAAUUGUUGGCUUUUAGAACAAUAUUCAAAAUGUGUUUUUCUGGAUUCUGAUUGUGUUGUAUUACGUCAAAUCGAUGAUCUAUUUGAAAGAGAAGAAUUAUCUGCUGUGCCGGAUGCUGGUUGGCCUGAUUGUUUCAAUUCUGGACUUUUUGUUUAUCGUCCAUCAAAAGAAACAUUUAGAAAAUUGAUCAAGUAUGCCUCUGAAAAAGAUGCUUCAUUCGAUGGUGGUGAUCAAGGUCUUUUAAAUGAAUUUUUUUCAAGUUGGGGCUCAUCGGAUAUUUCUCGACAUUUACCGUUUGUUUAUAAUGUAACAUCAAAUGCAUUUUAUUCAUAUCUACCAGCUGUUACAAGAUUUCGCAAUGAUAUUCGUAUUAUUCAUUUUGCUGGUACAUUAAAACCAUGGCAUUUAACAUAUAAUCCAAAAGAUGAACAAUUAUCAGGAAAUUUAAAUGGACAAAAUGAUAUUCAAAGAGAACUUCUUCUUUCAUGGUGGAGAAUAAUGUAUCAACGAGUUUGGCCACAAUUAUCAAAACUUAAUCAGGGUGAAUCGAUCGGUUCACUUGAUUAUAAUAGUUUAUCGAAUAAUCAAAUAAUUGAAACUGGUUCAGCUGAGCAUCGUCGAGCAUGGGAAUCGGGUCACAUUGAGUAUUCGGGUCGAGAUUCGUUUUCAAAUAUUCAACAACAAAUCGAACGCAAUUUAUCUCAUCUUCCACCAGAAUAUCAUCCGUCACAAGAACGAUUGAAAAUAUCGAAAAAACCAACAAGUAUUCUUAAGAAGUCAACUAAAGAAAUAAGUACAACAAAUCUCAAUGAAAAUAUUCAAUCAUUAGUUAGUUUAAAUAUUUCUAAUGAAAAAAGGAGUAAAAAAUCUGAACACGAAUCUAAUGAGACAGUGAAAUCAACAAUUGCUACUGCUUAUACACAAGGUACAGGUGAAUUCACUGGACCAACGGUAGUAAGUAAAAUGAUUAGUGAAAGUUUUGCUUCAUCAUCUGGUAAUAUUGCAAACAUAAGAUCGAACCAACAAAACACAAACGAUGAAGCAGCUAUUCAAAGUGCGAUAUCAUCCCCACCGACAAUAAUACAUAAUGAAAAAACUAUGAAAAAAUAA